AUGAUGAACUCCGCGGAGAGUGAGCGACUGUCUGUGCAUCUGUCCUCGUACCUGGAGCGGCGGUUUACUGGGACGAAGGAAAUUAUAAACAUCCACAGGAAGGCAUUAGUCUUAAAGGAAAAAUUGACCAGCACUGAUUGUUUUGAAGAAAUUGUCACUGGAAGUUAUGGAGAAGGGUGUUUUCAAAUUGGUUCAGACCUGGACGUUAUGAUGGUACACAAGAAUGUAGCAGUGAUAUACCCUGAUCAGUGUAUUCCUCAACACCUGACACAUAAAACCAUCUUGUACAUUAGAGAGGCAGACUGUCGCCCUGGCUAUGUUCACUUAGAGAUUGGUCAGCUUAAAGACCCAUUAAACAAACCCUUUUCUAAUUCACUAGUAAGAAUCGGGAGUUCAUUGUUUCUUUCCAGUGAUAUCUACAGAGAGGAAUGGGUCACUUUUUUAAACUCUGAAACCACUGACGGAUACUCGAGUCCAAAAUGUGAAUCCAAUGGCCCCAGUAGUACGAUUUUAGGAAGGAAUUAUUGUGACUUUGUUAAUUGUUUUCCAUGUAAGUGUUGGCCAAAGGAAGCAAAUGAAUGGGUUACACGUACACGUCUGUAUGGAUGGCCACAUCAAACUUUGAUAGACAAGAUCGUCAACAGUGAAUGCCAUAUUGUUCCAGUUGGAGAUAAAUGUUCGGAAGAUACAUUUUUGCAAUGGAGAAUCUCAUUUGCAGCAGCAGAAAGAUCUUUAGUUCAUUCCUUCAGUCACAAUCAAGUUAAAGUAUACACACUGCUGAAGUAUUUCUUAAAACAAAUAAAAGAGACAUUGAAAGAAACAAUUGGUGAUGCCGACAUCCUGUGCUCCUACUUUUUAAAAACAAUCAUGUUUCAUGCAAUAGAGAAUUCCAGUCAAAUGCUCUGGCAAGAAAAAAACAUUUUUUAUUGUUUUUGGUUUUGUCUCAACAUUCUGAUUGUGUGGGUGAGGGCAGGGUUCUGUCCCCAUUACUACAUACCAGCUAACAACUUGUUCCAGAGGAAAGUACACGGACAGAAUCAACAAAUAUUGCUGGACAUUUUGGUCAAAUACUGUCAGAUGAACUGGAUGUGCCUCUCGGUAGGAAAGUCUUCAAUAUGGGAUGACCUAUGUGACAUCUCCAAACAAGCUCAGCUUGCACGCCCCAAAACGGUACAACAAAUUAUUAUGGAACAGGACAGUGUGACUCUCACUGGUAUGCUAUUUACAUUUUCCACUGCCGCAACUAUAAAGAGAGCAUUUUACUUGUUAUCUAAAUCAAAGUCGGAUUUCGAUGAAGUUUUCACAUACCACAGUGUUACAUACAGCCUCAGAUGCCUCGCAUCGGAACUGGUUUCUAAAGAUCUGUAUGAAAAUGGGACUGCCCCAAGCAACAAGACAAUGUACAAGAGACUGAGGAAAUGCAAGUAUUGGAUGGUCCCCUGUGCUUUGAUGGGAACGGAAGUGAUGCAUUUGGCAACAUUUUAUUUUCAGAUAGGAAACUUCAACAAAUGCCUAGAGAUGAGUAGACAAGUAAUGAAACUAGCCUCAUACUUCAGAGGAGAUCAUCAACUUCAUCCAGAACUACAAAAAUUGUACAGACAACGGCACCAUCAACUUCUGGGACGUACAUUACAGAGAAUCCGGAAAAUAUACAAAAGCUUAAUUUUUUUUCGUCAAGGGGAUAUGCAUAUCUCUCAUCUCUGUUUAGAGCUGUCCAAGAAAGGCGCACUCAUUAUCAUCCCACCCCUACCAUAUGUCCUGUUUCUGAGCUUCUUGUGUUGCCAUAAACUUGGAGACACCAGAGGUCGUGAUGAAGCUUUUCGCUACCUGAUACAGGUCCAGUAUGAUGAGGAACAGGGAGGACACAAGUACUGGAUAGUUCACACACUCCUGGGGAUCUGUUAUCAAACACUCGGGGACUACCACAGGGCCAUCAGGGCUUAUUAUGAGUCAGCACGAUCAGGAUUGUACCCACACAAAUGGAAUACUGCCAUUGCCAGGAUAGCGAUAGUGUAUCUGUGUAUGUAUGUGUCGAAGAUGUCUGACAGAGGAUAG